AUGUUCAGGAUUCUUCAACAUCGAACGUGUUUAAGGUCAAUUUUCGUACACAGGUCAUCACCAUCAACUCCGUUAUCCUCUUUUAGGCAAAGAUUUUUGACAUUACAUGCAUCGGAAUCGAAUUCUGCGGAACAAGUGCAACAUGGACGACUUUACUUUGACAAUACAUACCCUCUAAAAAUUGUAUCCUUCGAUUUCCGUCACUACUUUGUGAGAUCAAACAGGCGCCGAUUGGAAGAAAAAGCGAGGUCUGGAAAGUUGAUUCCACCUGAAAGUGCAAUGCCCCAUGAUUUUAAGGUUGAAGGUGUUGAGCCCAAAAAGAAGGAAGGCGGAAUGUUUCUUAAUUUCACCUUUCGGGCACUUCCACCUCAGAGAGAGGAAGCACUCAACGAAAUAACUCGAUUGGUAGACGAUCACUUGGCCAAUAAGCGCGUAAAAAUAUCAUGGUUUAACGUUCGACCACAAAAAGCCUAUCUCGUUCAGGGCGAACCGUUCAUCGAAGAUUUGGUCUAUAGAUAUCCUUCGAGUCGAUUGCGCGUUGAAUUCCAGGGUCCCGACAUUCCGAUAGAAACCUUGUAUAAAUUAUUUCGUCCUUACGGACUAAUAAGAGAUAUAAGUUUAACUCCUCCUUCUUCGAAAGAACUUCCGAGAUUUGCGAUGAUCUAUUAUGCAAACAUGCGUUCGGCAACGAGUGCCAAGAAUUGUGUUCAUGGAAUAGUUACUAACAGUACAAGAUUAAAUAUCGCUUAUGACGUUCCGCUGAAAACGAAUGUCGUCUAUAAGUGGAUGGUUGAUCACCCCAGAAUUUCGGUUCCACUUAUUGCCGCCUUGGUUGCUGGGAUUUCCUUCGAUCCCAUUCGGACAUUCUUCAUUAAGACUAAAAUCACACAACGGCUCAACCCUCAGGAAUAUCGCAUUUACAAAUGGCUCGUAAAGGAGACCAUUGAUCGAUGGACGGCAUACCGUAACAAAUCGAUUGGAGACUCCCUGGAUGAUAUUAGCUCUUGGAAAGAAAGGGAACAGACGGAGGCCGACUUAAAAAAUUGGCUACAAGAACCGCCAGAAACAUUCAUCGUCGUGAUGGGACCAAGUGGAAGCGGGAAAAGUGAUUUCAUUGAGCAAGGAAUAAAGGAUAAACGGAAAAAGGUUAUACUGAAAUGCGACGUGAUCUUAAAUUCUCGAACAGAGAAUGAACUCUUAUUAAAAUUAGCGAGGCAGGUUGGCUACUUCCCGGUGUUCACACCAUUGAUUUCCCUUUCCAAUUUCAUUGAUGGAUUGGCAAGUGCUACUAUAGGCCAAAAGACAGUCGGAUUUACUUCAACAACUGAAACGGAAAUCAAAAAGAUUCUUGACGCGUUGGCAAUUGCCCUAUAUGACAUUGCACCUAAAUCAUUGACCAAGCGAAUAUCUUAUGGUCAAGAUAAAAUUAUCCAUUCAUAUGAUCCUGCAGACAUUCCUGUGAUCGUGAUUGAUUCUUUCAUGUCAAAAGAUACGCAGGAAAAGCACGAGUUAUGGGGGCAUUUGGCGAAAGUUGCUGCCAUGCUGGUCGAAAGUAGGGUCGCACAUGUGAUAUUUAUAAGUUCCAACACCGGAAUUGUUAAGCACUUGAGUAAAGCGCUGCCAAAUAAAACAUUCAAUUACGUGAUUCUCAGCGAUGCUCCGUUCGAAAGAUCAAUCGGUUUGGUGAAGAAGCAUGUCGACAAGGUAAAUAUUGAGGAAUUGGUUGACUCAGCAGGAGCACUUGGCGGCAGAUUAGCGGAUCUGAGAAUUUUCAUUAACAAACUUCGAGCGGGCAUAUCACCACACGAGGCGUUGAAUCAACUUGUCGACAGGGCAACAGUCGAAAUUCGCAAGCUUGCAUAUGGAGACGACACCGAAGAUUCUAGAACAAUUCCGUGGAAUGGGAUCCAGUUUUGGAAAAUUAUGAAAGAAUUGGCUCAAAAAGAUUAUGUAUCAUAUGAUGCAGUUAAAUUCUCGCCAAUAUUCAAAGGGGAUGAUACACCGAUAAGGGCGAUGGAAGAGGCGGAAUUAAUUUCGAUUACACAAUUUGACGGCCGACCAAAUCAAAUUAAGCCGGGAAAACCGCUGUACAAAGUGGCAUUCCAGCGUAUAUGUUCCGACAGUUUAUUUGCGGCCACUAUGGAGCUACAAACUUCGCAAUACUUAUAUUCUUAUGAGACAGAUAAGAUAAAGAAAUACGAAGAAGAGCUCGUAUCAUUGGGACAGUUAUUUUCGAUUCCUCCAGAAGUUGAACAAAGGAGGAAAUUUUUACUGGAAAUGACUAAAAGGAGACAUGCCAAAGUUGAAAAAUAUCAACGUGAGAUCGAUAGUUUGAAAAAAGUAAUCUCGGGAGUAUGA